CGAACCGAAAAGAGCCGAACUCACCCUGUAUUUCUAAUUCUAACCUAAAAGUUUGUUUUGAUUUUGUUAUUUAUUUGAAAUUUUGAAAAUUCAAUUUUAUUUCCUUGGCAACACAAGUUUCAAAAACUCAAAAGUUAGUUUAGUCAAUACAAUAUCCACCAGCGACUUCACCUUGGAAACAAUGUUUUGUCAAUUCACCACCUCUUCCAUUGAAAUUUUAUCAUAAAUUCCUAUUUUAAAUCAAAUCUUAAUUAUUCUUCACCAUGACUGAUUGGUUUACAAAACUUAAAAACGCGAAAAAAUCAUGUUUAGUAGAUAACAAUUUGAAAAAAAUCCACUAUGAAUUUAACGACGGCAAAGAAUUGGUAGAAGAAUACGAUUUGAGUACAAAUUGCUUGACCAAAAGGGCUUGGAGAUGUAAUAAACAGUUGAAGGAAGAAGCAACCUGGGAUAUCGAAGUUGGAGACCCUGAGCCUCAGUAUAAUGCUGAAGACAAGUGUAUGAUUAGAGAGGAUUCCAGUCAGCCAUUUAUAACAAGAAGAAUCACAAAAAUCAAUCUGGAAUGGCGUAUAAGAAACCUUCCAUACCCUAUAGAAGUAUAUUCAGUAAAUGUAGACCAAGAAUCUUUUUUCCUAAUUGUACGAACCACAAACAAAAAAUAUUAUAAGAAAAUAUCUGUACCUGAUUUGGAGAGAUUGAGUAUUCCAUUGGAACAAGAAAAUGUGACAUUUUCCCAUAGAUUUAAUACUCUCAUUAUAACGUAUAAAAAGCCCAAGAAAUUAAUCGAUUUUGAAAAGGCUCUAUUUGAGGAAAUCAAACAAAUUCAACCAAAAAAUUAUGGAGAAGGCAUUAAUGGUUGCAAUCCUAGUUAGAACAGUGUUGUUUUUCAAUGUGAUUUUAUAUGACAAAUUAAUAAAAUAAAAUUCAAGGUUACUUUCAA